AGCGACGCGUCUGUUACACAGGAAUCCACAGUAAACACAGACUGUCGCCACACCGAGAACAAGCCAGCUAACGAUUACACGAGCAGAAAGUGAUGUGCUUGUCUCAUCUGGCAUAGUGGGACACUAUAACUGAACCCGCUCCCUGUCCUGUUGCUGUUCCCCCUGAAGACAUCCACCACCACCCCCACCUCCCUAUCUCGUCCUCCACCUCCUCUUACCUCCCCCCGGCCGCCCCUGUGAUGCCUCCCCCGUGCUGUGGCUACCUGUCACAGUACACUCAUCAUCAUCUGGUUGUCUUCCUCCUCACCUUUUUUAGCUAUGUGUUGCUACAUGCGUCCAGAAAGACGUUCAGUAAUGUGAAAGUCAGCAUCUCAGCCCAGUGGACACCGGCUUUCCAGAAUGGCAGCGCACCAGCUUUCUCUCCUGGCGAGACAUGGGAGGAAAAUCGUCUGUUUGAGGAUGAAGAGCAGGCCACUUUGUUCCUGGGAGCUCUGGACUCCAUCUUCCUUUUUUCAUAUGCAGUGGGUCUGUAUCUCAGCGGUGUGAUUGGGGACAGAGUGAACCUGCGCUACGUGCUCUGUUUCGGCCUGUGUGGCUCUGCUGUAGUGGAGUUUCUGUUUGGCACUCUCACCGAAUGGCUCCACAUCUACAACGUCUAUCUGUACUGUGGCCUGUGGGUGCUGAACGGCCUGCUGCAAUCAGCUGUCUGGCCCUGCGUGGUGGCCGUCAUGGGCAACUGGUUCGGCAAGGCUGGCCGUGGCUUUGUCUUUGGCCUGUGGAGUGCUUGUGCCUCUGUAGGCAACAUCCUGGGGGCCUUCCUGGCUUCUAGCGUGCUCAAGUAUGGAUAUGAGUAUGCCUUCCUGGUGACCUCAGUGGUGCAGUUUGCCGGGGGGGUGGUGGUGUUCUUCGGCCUACUUACCUCCCCAAAAGAAGUCGGUUUGAGCUUGGAGUCAGAGACUGGACUCAGUCCGGUGGAGAGGGACACAGACAGCCACAGGCCUUUGAUGAGCGACGAGGAGGAUGAGGCGGAGGCGGAGGCGUACGCCAGACAAUACCAGUCAGUUCAGCAGCCGGACGAACCUCUGGCCGAGGCUCCUCGAGCCAUUGGCUUCUGCCAGGCUUUCUGUCUGCCUGGCGUGCUACCUUAUUCCCUGGCGUAUGCGUGUCUGAAGCUGGUCAACUACUCCUUCUUCUUCUGGCUUCCUUUCUACCUGAGCAACAACUACGGCUGGAAGGAGGCCGAGGCCGACCGCCUCUCUGUGUGGUAUGAUGUCGGAGGAAUCAUCGGAGGGACCGUUCAGGGUUUGAUUUCAGAUUGCAUGGGAAAGAGAGCCCCUGUGUUGGCCAUGAGCCUGGCACUGGCGAUGGGAGCCCUGAUGGGAUACAGCCGCUCACCGAAUGACCAGGUGAUAAACGCAGCGCUGUUGGCUACCACUGGCUUCUUCAUCGGCGGCCCGUCUAAUAUGAUCAGCUCUGCCAUAUCUGCUGACCUGGGGAGACAGGGGGCUCUGAGGGGCAAUCAGGAGGCACUGGCUACUGUCACUGGCAUAGUGGACGGAACAGGAAGUAUAGGAGCUGCAGGGGGACAGUACCUGGUGUCCCUGAUUGAGAGCAAGCUGGGCUGGAUGUAUGUGUUCUACUUCUUCAUCGUCAUGACGGGGUCCAGCAUUGUGUUCAUCAUUCCCUUGCUCUUUAAAGAGGUGCUUGCCAUGUGGAGAGACAGACAAGCGUUGCGGCGCCAGCUGUGAACACGUCAACAUCUGCCAGCCAUAAUGUUCCCACUCUUAUCAGUGGCAACACAGCAGGGCUGCUCACAAACAGCUGCUUUUAGGUGAGUUUCGCAAGGUAUAAAGAUUUGUGGGACGUUCUCACAGCCACCGUGGUUUAAGGUGACCUAGAGUUACAGAGCCACCAGUUAAACUCCCACAACGACCAGCGUUUGUCUAUUAACACCCAUGUGAGCAGGCACCGAGUCUUUGAGCACAACUCUGAAAUCGUAUCCACUCACUAAAAGCCUAGAAAUGCAAAUGCACACUUCUUUUAGCGUGAAUCCGAGGAUUUCUAGGUUGAGCUGAACUGAUCGAAAAAGGCUUUACAAGGGACCUAGCUGUCCAGUCUGUGAAUUCAGGCCUUGCAGGGCCAUCACAGAAUGUACUACUGUAUAUAUUUUAGGAUUUAAAUUUAUGUAAAAACCUUUUUAAAAGAGAUGCUCCUAAUUUAAGUUCAAUAAUGUUUGGCCUUUUAGAUUAGAAGUUCUUAACUUAAAGACCCCUUUGGGAUAAUUUGGGUGUCAAGAGUGUCUAAAGAAUGUGAAUAUGAAUUGUAAUGUAGAAAUUUUAUCGUCAGCUUUUGUAGAUAUGUAUGAUCUAGGGAUGGGCAUGAUUAAUCGACGAUCGAUAAUUGAUUAUUAAGAAUUUUGUCUGACGUUAAUUUGUCAUUGAUUAAACUAAUGCUGGUUGCGUUGCGUAGUGUGAGUCUUGAAGCAAUUAAAUUAAUUUCACAGUGUGGCAGCAAUUAAACAUUUUACCACUCUGGGGCAAUAUUUGACUCCAUACUCAAGUUACCUGGCUGCGAGUUUCCGUUUUGAUUUCAAAAGUAAUCAUGAAGAGGACACGGCGAAGUGUGGCGUGGGACCUUUUUUUUUUUUUUUUUUAAACGAUUUAGUUCACGGCAAACACUGAGAUGCCGUGUAUAAGUACAACACGGCCACGACUCAAAUGAUGUAGCCUACCCAAGGGACCUGCAAGUUCAUUGAGAUGGAUAUUGGAACCAGCAUAUCACAUUCAGUCACGACGUACCAUCACCAGACUGGUAGAAACUCACUAGGAAGAACGGAAUAAGGUUCCCCAGGCUGGCCAAGUUAGCGCGGAGGUACCUGCGCAUCCCAGCAACGCAGGUGUUUUCGGCGGCUGGACUAUCAGUCACCAGGUAGCGGUCGCGUCUCACCCCAGAUGAUGUCAACAUGCUUAUCUUUCUCAACGCACAUCAGUAGACUGGUGCAGAAGUUGUAUCUGAGUUAGCCUACUGGUUAUUUUUUAUUAGGCUUUGUCCCGUGCCUUGGAUAGUUUUGAGUUACAUUCUGUUUAAGAACGCCGGCUCGCAGCUACAGGUUCUGCUGCUUCAGAGCGCCGCACCGCAGCGCAUAUAUUUAUAAUCUAUAUCUAUAUCUAUAACGUCCAGUUUAACUGCCACAAGUUGUUCUUCUUGUAAUUAAGAUCUCAUCGAGGAAAAACACGCUGUAUUUUUGUAUUUUCAUUGUAUUUUUAAUUUAUAAAAAGUUAAAUAAAUAAUGAAUUUUAAUAUAAAAAUAUUAAUGAUUAAUCGAUAGUCGAUCGUUAAUUCUCCCGACGAUCGACGAAGAAAAUGUAAUCGAAUGCCCAUCCCUAGUAUGAUCUUUUUGUUGUUUUCGGUCGAGAUAAUGAAUAUUGCACUGUAGUACAGUAGGCAAAGUCUGGAAGAUUUUAGUGAACCACUCAGAUCUUAGCUUGGUUUCUCUUGUGUACAGUGUUGUGUAAUCAGGGUUAGAAGCUAUACUGUCUGCGGGGACUGGUUCUCUCGAUUCUGUGUAUGUGUCAGUCACUGAUUGAUUUACUGUAUGCUCAUUCCUUUUUCAAGUUUUAGUGUCUUAAGUCACAUGCAAUUGCCAUGAAAACCCACAUGUGAUAUGUGAUAUAAACACAAUAAGAAAAAUCUACCAUUGCCUGACCCAUUAAGUUUACAGUGUAGCAUGCCUAAUGCACUUUAAAGUGUAAACUGCAUACUGACAUUGCAGAAGAGACACAUGUUGCCUGUUUGUAGCAGGAGCUGCACCUUCUCACGGUUGUUUGGGGAACUUGACUGCCAAUCUGUGUCUGAACAGAUUUAAAGGCCAAUAAAGGUAAAUUACUCAUGAUCAGGGUGGGCAAAGGUCAUACAGUAUAACACCAGCCAUAUGCUAGUUAAUAAUUGGGCAGGUUGUCUACUUUACUAGACACUGCGGUCAGUAACCAGCCAUCAUUUUGGGGGAAGAUUGUUUUGGUUCAAAUCAGGAAAAAAAACUAGAAUAUGUAAUUUUUUUUUUUUUUAUUAUAAUUUUUUUUUCUUUCAGCCACUGUGGCCAGUAGACACAACAUUUUAGUUUGCUCUGUUGCAUGUCGACCAUUGAAAGUACUUUUAACAUCUGUGACAGCAGGGCAUCUUUGUAUCAUCAUUACUGGUAUGAGAUGUGUUUCUUAUGCUAAACCAAGAGCACUGGAGCAUAAAAUGAGACUACACCUCCGAUGUCUCUGAACUUGCAGAGUGUAAUAGAAUGUAAAUUGAAAUGUUUGUGGAAUGUGUAACCCUAUCUGUGGUGUAUUUAUUUUGUUUUAUGUACUUUUUGAGUUUUAACUUGUGUAAAUGCAAAUUUUCCUUUUUAAAUAAAUGUAAGGUACAUUUGGCAAAUUGCGAGUUAUCUACAGAAUAUUUCAGAUAAGAUAGUGAUGGUAUCGGUGGAUUUUUAUUGUUUUACAAUUUUGGUCUUGUAACUGUUUCCUUUCUAAACUUUAUUUAUUAAAGCGCUCAUAUUUUGCUCA